UUUUUUAUGUAUCAUUGUUCAUUUGCACUCUGAAGUUUUGUAUUGACUAUCAAACGGUUACGAGAUGGCACGUACCAAGCAAACCGCCCGCAAGUCGACCGGAGGAAAGGCGCCCAGGAAGCAGCUGGCCACUAAAGCCGCACGUAAGAGCGCACCCGCCACCGGAGGAGUGAAGAAGCCACAUCGUUACCGACCCGGAACCGUCGCCCUCCGUGAAAUCCGUCGUUACCAGAAGAGCACGGAACUGUUGAUCCGCAAAUUGCCGUUCCAACGUCUGGUGCGUGAGAUAGCCCAGGAUUUCAAGACCGACCUGCGUUUCCAGAGCUCUGCCGUCAUGGCGUUGCAAGAAGCUAGCGAGGCCUACUUGGUAGGACUGUUCGAAGACACCAAUCUGUGCGCCAUUCACGCCAAGCGUGUCACCAUCAUGCCAAAGGACAUCCAAUUGGCUCGUCGCAUCCGCGGAGAACGUGCUUAGAAUUAUUACUAUUAUUAUUAUUAUUAUUACAUUAAAAAGGCCCUUUUCAG